CAUUUAAUAUGUGGUUCAAUCCUUGAGCCGUGAAUCUCCCAAACUCUGCUUGGUGUUUUUUAUGGUCUCAAUCCCUGCAUGAACAACAAUUCCGCUCCUCAAGGUUUCAAGCUUCAUUGGAUUGUUUGAAAUUGCGAGGUUUUGCAGUUGUGGGUGGCGGAGAAUUGACGAACAUUUGAGGGAAUGCUUUGAAGGUUUCUGGUUUUUGGAGAAGCAGAAAAGGGUGUUAAACCUUUGGGCCAGUUGAGCAUACUGGUGGGGAAUUUGCUUUGUUGAAGCUUGAUUCAAUGAUAUAUGGCUUUUCCAAUUUGAUUUACUGAUUCUGUUAGUUUGAAGAGGAAAGAGUAAAAUGGGGGAUCUGUGGACUAUGUUUUGUGGGGAGCCCAGUUGUUUGGACAGUGGUGGUUGCACCUCUGAAUUUAUUUUUUUCAAUCAUCCAUCUUCUUGUGCGAACCAUGCCUUGACAGUUUGUUUCGAUAUUCUGCUCUUUGUCAUGUUCUUAUUCACUAUGAUUCAGAGGACAUCAUCAAAGCCAGUUCAUGUCCCAGGUCAGUUUCAAAGGUUUUCGCCCCUGCAGAUAUCUUCAGCCAUUUUUAACGGCUGUUUGGGAUUGGUGUACUUGUGCUUGGGUGUUUGGAUCUUAGAAGAAAAUUUGAGGAAGACCCAGAUUGUUUUACCUCUUCAUUGGUGGCUUCUACCAUUGCUUCAGGGAUUCACAUGGUUGUUAGUUGGUUUAAUGGUGAGCCUUCGGGGGCAAUAUCUCCCAAGGUCUCCAUUGCGGAUUUUGUCUAUUCUGGCAUUCUUGUUUUCUGGCAUUACCGGUGUUUUAUCCAUUUUUUCUGCCAUUGUUUACAAAGAAGCAUCAGUUGAGAUAGUUUUAAAUGUUCUGUCUCUUCCUGGAGCAAUCUUAUUACUUCUAUGUGCUUACAAGGGCUACAAAUAUGAAGAAACUGAUAAAAUUGUUAAUGGAAGUGGCCUUUACACUCCCCUGAAUGGUGAGGCUGAUGGCAGUGCUAAAACUGAUUCUGUUGGUGAUGUUACUCCAUUUGCCAAAGCUGGAUUCUUCAGUAGCAUGUCGUUUUGGUGGUUGAAUCCAUUAAUGAAAAGGGGUACAAAGAAAACUCUUGAGAAUGAAGAUAUACCCAAGUUGCGUGAAGAAGAUCGAGCAGAAAGCUGUUACUUGCAGUUCUUGGAGGAAUUGAUCAAGCAGAAACAAAUAGAGCCAUCAUCCCAACCCUCAAUAUUGAGGGUAAUCAUCUUAUGCUACUGGAAAGAUAUUUUCAUCUCUGGGUUCUUUGCCCUAGUAAAGAUUCUCACUCUCUCCACUGGUCCUCUGCUUCUUAAUGCCUUCAUUAAGGUUGCUGAAGGUAAAGAACUUUUUAAAAAUGAGGGUUAUGUGCUUGCCAUGGCAUUGUUUGUUUCAAAGAACGUGGAAUCCUUAUCACAAAGGCAAUGGUACUUUCGAAGCAGGCUUAUUGGUUUGAGAGUAAGGUCUUUGCUCACAGCAGCCAUUUAUAAGAAGCAAUUGAGAUUAUCCAAUGCUGCCAAAAUGAUACACUCUUCUGGUGAGAUAACGAACUAUGUUACUGUAGAUGCUUAUAGAAUCGGUGAAUUCCCUUUCUGGUUUCAUCAGACGUGGACAACGAGCCUCCAGCUCUGCAUUGUGCUUGUGAUUCUUUUCAACAUUCUUGGGCUGGCAACAUUUGCAGCACUGGUGGUAAUAAUUCUCACUGUGCUUUGCAAUGCCCCACUUGCAAAAUUGCAGCAUAAGUUCCAGAGUAAGCUAAUGGUGGCACAAGAUGAGAGACUGAGGGCAUGUUCUGAGGCUCUUGUGAACAUGAAGGUGUUGAAAUUAUAUGCAUGGGAAAACCAUUUCAAGAAUGUUAUAGAAAAAUUGAGGAAUGUAGAGUACAAAUGGUUAUCAGGAGUGCAGUUGAGGAAAGGAUACAAUGGAUUUCUCUUUUGGUCAUCCCCUGUAUUGGUCUCUGCUGCAACUUUUGGGGCAUGCUUUUUCCUUGGAAUUCCUCUAAAUGCUAGCAAUGUUUUCACCUUUGUUGCAGCUUUGCGCCUUGUUCAGGACCCUAUUAGAUCGAUCCCUGAUGUUAUUGGUGUGGUGAUUCAAGCAAAAGUUGCAUUUGCACGAAUUGUGAAGUUUCUUGAAGCGCCUGAGCUGCAGACUUCAAAUGUGCGGCAGAAGUCCAACAUAGAGAAUAUAAGCAACGCCAUUUCAAUCAAGUCAGCCAAUUUUUCAUGGGAAGAGAAAUUAUCAAAGUCAACACUAAGAGACAUAAGUUUAGAGGUUAGAACUGGUGAAAAGGUGGCUAUUUGUGGUGAAGUCGGCUCAGGGAAAUCAACUCUUCUGGCUGCAAUUCUUGGAGAGAUUCCAGAUGUUCAGGGAACUAUUCGAGUUUAUGGAAGAAUUGCCUAUGUUUCUCAGACAGCUUGGAUCCAGACAGGCAGUAUACAAGAGAAUAUUUUAUUUGGGUCCUCUAUGGAUCCUGAAAGAUACCAAGCAACACUUGCGAAGUGUUCAUUAGUAAAGGACCUUGACUUGCUGCCCUAUGGUGAUCUCACUGAAAUAGGGGAACGAGGAGUUAACCUGAGCGGUGGUCAGAAGCAGCGGAUUCAACUUGCCCGUGCCCUUUAUCAGGAUGCUGAUAUAUAUCUCUUGGAUGACCCAUUUAGUGCUGUUGAUGCACAUACUGCUACAAGUCUUUUUAAUGAAUAUGUUAUGGAUGCACUUUCUGGGAAGACGGUCCUACUUGUAACCCACCAAGUUGACUUCCUUCCUGCAUUUGAUUCUGUUCUGUUGAUGUCAGAUGGGGAAAUCAUACAAGCGGCCCCUUAUCAGCAGCUAUUGGCUUCAAGCCAAGAAUUUGUGGAUCUUGUCAAUGCACACAAAGAGACUGCAGGUUCUGAAAGGCUUGCAGAGGUUACACCUGAGAAAUUUGAAAAUUCUGUUAGAGAGAUCAACAAGACUUAUACAGAGAAGCAAUUCAAAGCACCUAGCGGUGAUCAGUUGAUCAAGCAAGAAGAGAGAGAAAUAGGAGAUAUGGGUUUUAAGCCUUAUAUGCAGUAUUUGAGUCAGAACAAAGGCUACUUAUUCUUCUCCUUGGCUGCUCUCUCUCACAUUUUGUUUGUGGCCGGUCAGAUAUCUCAGAACUCUUGGAUGGCUGCUAAUGUUGACAAUCCUAACGUCAGCACACUGCAGUUGAUUGUGGUUUACUUGUUGAUCGGAGCAACCUCAACACUUUUUUUGCUCUCUAGAGCUCUUUUUGUGGUUGCUUUGGGUCUUCAAUCAUCAAAAUCUUUAUUUACGCAAUUGCUGAACUCCCUUUUCCGUGCACCUAUGGCUUUUUAUGACUCUACACCUCUAGGAAGGAUACUGAGUAGGAUCUCGAAUGAUUUAAGUAUUGUCGAUCUUGAUGUUCCAUUCAGCUUUGUCUUUGCUUUUGGGGCUACCACAAAUGCCUAUUCAAAUCUUGGAGUAUUAGCUGUUGUGACUUGGCAAGUCCUGUUUGUCUCCAUACCGAUGAUCUAUGUGGCUAUUCGCUUACAGAGAUACUACUUUGCCUCUGCAAAAGAGUUGAUGCGGAUCAAUGGUACGACCAAGUCUUUGGUGGCAAACCAUCUGGCUGAGUCUAUAGCAGGAGCCAUGACAAUCAGAGCUUUCGAGGAGGAAGAAAGAUUCUUUGUAAAGAAUAUGGACUUCAUUGAUACAAAUGCUAGCCCAUUCUUCCACAGUUUUGCUGCAAAUGAGUGGUUAAUUCAAAGAUUGGAAGCACUUAGUGCCAUGGUCCUCUCCUCGUCGGCUCUCUGCAUGAUUUUGCUUCCUCCUGGUACUUUUACCGCUGGAUUUAUCGGAAUGGCAAUGUCUUAUGGUCUCUCAUUAAACAUGUCCCUGGUUUUUUCUAUUCAAAAUCAGUGCAUUCUAGCAAAUUACAUCAUUUCUGUAGAAAGGCUAAACCAAUACAUGCAUAUACCGAGCGAAGCCCCAGAAGUGAUCGAAGGGAGUCGUCCCCCACCCAAUUGGCCAGCUGUGGGGAGAGUGGACAUCCAUGAUUUACAGAUUAGGUAUAGACCCGACACACCCCUUGUUCUUCGUGGGAUCAACUGCACAUUUGAAGGAGGACAUAAAAUUGGCAUCGUUGGACGAACUGGCAGUGGGAAGACUACUCUCAUUGGUGCCUUGUUUCGGUUGGUAGAACCAGCAGGAGGAAAGAUUAUAGUAGAUGGCAUUGACAUCUCUACAAUUGGACUUCAUGAUCUGAGGUCACAUUUUGGGAUUAUUCCUCAAGAUCCUACUCUUUUCAAUGGCACCGUGAGAUACAAUUUGGAUCCCUUGUCCCAACACACUGACCAUGAAAUAUGGGAGGUUCUUGGAAAAUGUCAGCUUCGGGAGGCUGUCCAGGAAAAGGAAGAGGGUCUAGGCUCCAUUGUUGCGGAAGGUGGAUCAAACUGGAGCAUGGGGCAGAGGCAGCUCUUCUGUUUGGGGCGUGCCCUCUUGCGAAGAAGCCGGAUACUGGUUCUUGAUGAAGCAACUGCAUCGAUCGACAAUGCAACCGACCUGAUUCUGCAGAAAACUAUAAGGACCGAGUUUGCAGACUGCACUGUGAUCACCGUGGCUCACAGAAUACCAACUGUGAUGGACUGCACAAUGGUUCUUGCCAUCAGUGAUGGAAAACUAGUUGAGUAUGAUGAACCAGCAAAGCUAAUGAAGAGGGAAGGCUCAUUAUUUGGACAGCUAGUCAGGGAAUACUGGUCCCAUUUUCACUCAGCGGAAUCACAUUGAAGCUAACUAUAAUUGUUAGUAGCGGCUAUAAAAAAAAAAAGUGUUGUUGGAUGUGUUUUCUUAGGUAGCUUGAUGUAGUAGCUUAGAUAGGCAUUAGAUUCAUCCUGGGAUUGAGGCAUAGAGGGGAAGGAGAUGGGGGUGUGAAGUGGAGCUAUAAGGGUAUGGUACAAUAAUCACUUGACCCAUAAGGGGAAAAAAUGAAGUGAGGGCUUACUCUUGUGAUGUGUAAUAUGUACAGUUGUUUAGAUGCAAUCCUUUUGUUGUUCACAAUCAAUAUGAUGUAUAACCAACCAAUUUUUAGAAAUGGUAACAUUGUUUUGCUUCUUUU